AUGAAAAAAUGUACCAUUACGGAAGAGGACUACAUUUGUGAAGCGUGCUUUGAUGUAUCCAUGCAGUCUAUUAAUGCUCAAAUUCAUGGAAACAAUGAGUGUCAUCCAUCUGCUUGUUCAUCUCGCCUUGGUCAUACUCAAGUGUGCCCCGUUUGUGGUCGAUCAUUGCUCAAUCGUCAAAGUGACCAUAUUCACAAAGAAAACCCAUCAAGCCUCACACUAAGAAUGAUCAACUUAAUUCGAGUUACUGUAGCACCUCGUCAGAUAUCACAAUAUGAUCGUGUAUGUCAUGCCUGUUGGUUGAGGUUUAAAAGACAAGCUCUUUUAACUCAACAACAGGAUGAAAGAAGAGGCUUAGAAGGUGAUGAGACUCCUCACGGUCAAGAAGAAGUGGAACAGCCUGUUGAUGCAGUUCAUGUUCCACAAUUACAACCUCCCCCGUUUCUUGCAAGUACAGAUGAAAGGGAUUCGUCUGUAGAAUCAGUUGCAGCUCCAGAGGUUCAUUCGCUACAAUCUCAAACCCAACAAUCAAGUAACAUUACAUUACAUAAUUAUAAACGUGCUCCCAAUACAGCAUCUCAUUGUGCAUUUUAUGGGUGUGAAAAUUAA